AUUUGGCCUAUUAUCUGGGCUUCAAUUACGGAAGCCUGUCCUCGGAGCCACCGCUUCUGGUGAGGACUGAAUGUAGUGUCGCCAAGGCAGGCGAGUGGAAAGCCUUUCCCAUUCAAGUUUGCCAUCCCGUCGUCCGUAAUCGCGUGUGCUUGAACUGGGCCCGUAUUCGCGUACGUGGUGGAGGGGAAGUGCCUGGAAGCCCAUGCCAGACCCCCAACAGCGUCAUCCACUGGCCCUGGAACCGAUGGGAAACCCAGGGAUCCUGAGAACCUGACCCAUAAAUAUAUCACCAUUGCCAUUGCUACACUUUGGCUCAACCUCCAUGUUCUAAACCCGAAGAAAAUUUGUGUGAAUGGUUACUGGUAUGGUCUAAACAUUGAUAGAUGCUGGUCCUCGACUUGCGCCCAUUCUGUAAGUGAUCAUGUCCGACCUAGAGCCGGAUUCGUCGGCUCCGGCCACGAUUCUGCCGGCCGAGGCCUCGAAUGCUCGAGAAAAUGAGCUCACGAGCUCUCCGGGGGAUCGGCCAGUAAUGGCUCAGCGGGCCGAUCCGCCCGAUCAUAGCGCCUUGAACGAAGCGGCCGAAGUGGAUCAAGAUGAUGCCAGUGUAACGGAAGAGCCUGAAUGUGAUCGGCCCACUAAUCUGGUGGCCGUUGUUCCGGCCACGUCACCGGUUGAGCCCCCGACUCCGGCCUCGAUUGAAGAGGUAGUUCGAGCUGAAGCCAAAGUCCCAGUGGCAGGAGGGUCGGACCCGACAAAAAUGGAGGCCCAAGCAGCCCCGAUAACCCCUUCGUCUGAGAUUCCGCACCAACCCGACGCUGAGUCUAAAGUCGUGGCCCUGGCAGAAUCCACAUCAACUGUGGCCGAGAUUCCGAUUUCCGAAGAGACCCGGGUGACAGAUGAAGCACCGGCCAAAGCGCAAGAAAAAGUUGUUCUGGCCACAAAUCCGACAGCCGAGGUGACCGAACCAGUGGAAGAAACGUCCGAUGAGAUUGAAUCUACUCCUGUUAGUGCUGAGUCGGUUCAGAAUGCUUCUCCGACUCAGACCGAUGAACCGGGUGUCUCAGACGAUCCCAAAGUGUUGGUCGAGACAACCAAAGACAGCCCAGUGGCCGACGAUAACAGUGUAGCGGUUCCGGAAACCGUAGUUGCUUCAGAGCCCUCUGAAAGUGCUGUUACCUCCACGGACUCCCCCCCCGAGAUCUCGGGUACGGUGAAAGCUUCUGAAGAGACAAAAACAUCGCCCGAAUCUCGGGUUUUGGCCUCGGAAGCGGCCGAGCAACACGAACCACCCAAGGAGUCCCCGCAGGCUCAAGGAAGUGAGCCCAAAACUGAUGUGCCGAGUGUUGGUUGUCCCUCCACCGAUCCGAUGGCAGUGAGUGAGAAGCCUCAAACCCAGGAGACGCCCAUGGCAGUGAUUCCGAUUGAGGAGAAGUCGCCUGAAGUGCUGGUCAAAUCGCUCUUGACCCAAGCCAAAACUAGUGAUCGUGACAAGUUCAAGACCAUGGAGAAGCUCAUCCGAGACAAGCGAAUCACCAACAAAGAAGUGGUGAACGGCGUACUUUUCCUGCUGGUUGGUGGAGAGUUCGAUCUGGAGCUCAAUUUUGUGAUUGUGGAACCCAACAACAUCCAUUACACCCUAGAACUUCUCGACACCUGUGAUCAACGACUUCAGGCUGAACUGUGGUCGGUGUUCACGGCUACUUUACGGAAAUCCGUCCGAAAUCUGCAAGCUUGCACUGAAGCCGGACUAAUGGAACAUUUGCUUCAUCGCUUGUCCAAGGCCCCUCCGUUGGUGGUUGAUUUGCUCGUGGAUCUCAUGGGGAUUUUGGCCAGCUACAGCAUCACCGUCAAGGAGCUCAAAAUGCUCUUCAGCAAAAUGAAAGCCGUCGAAGGGAAAUGGCCAAGCCAUUCGAAGAAGCUCAUGAAUGUUCUGAAGCAGAUGCCCAAUCGAAGUGGACCCGAUGUGUUCUUCAGCUUUCCUGGGGUUCGCGGAUCGGCCAUAGUCCUGCCUCCGAUGUCGAAAUGGCCUUAUGAGAAUGGAUUCACGUUCACCACGUGGUUCCGCUUGGAUCCAUUAAAUGCCGUCAAUAUCGAGCGUGAAAAGCCUUACCUCUAUUGCUUUAAAACCGCCAAAGGAGUUGGCUAUUCGGCACAUUUUGUGGGCAAUUGCCUCGUCUUGACCUCGAUGAAAGUCAAGGGUAAAGGCUAUCAGCAUUGUGUCAAAUACGAGUUCCAACCUCGGAAAUGGUUCAUGCUGGCCAUUGUCUACAUCUACAACCGAUGGACCAAGUCUGAGAUCAAGUGCUUUGUCAAUGGACAACUUGCUUCGUCAACAGAAAUGGCUUGGCUGGUCAACACCAACGACCCUUUUGACAAGUGCUACAUCGGAGCUACUCCAGAUGUGGACGAAGAACGUGUCUUUCGUGGUCAAAUGUCGGCUAUCUACCUUUUCGCCGAGGCUCUUAGCCCUCACCAAGUGUGUGCCAUGCAUCGUCUAGGACCCGGAUAUAAGAACCAAUUUCGAUUCGAAACUGAAGGAGGCCAAUUGAGUGAAAAUCAUCGAAAAGUCCUUUACGAAGGCCGAUUGUCGACGUCUAUUGUGUUCCUGUACAACCCAGUGGCUACUGAUGGGCAACUGUGUCUCCAAUGCACACCCAAAGGAAACACCAAUCACUUUGUGCAUUCCCCGCAUGCUCUUAUGAUGGAGGAUGUAAAGGCUGUGGUCACGCAUUCAGUGCAUUCCACUUUGAAUUCCAUCGGUGGAGUCCAAGUCUUGUUCCCGUUAUUUGCUCAGUUGGACCUUCCCUCUGAGACAUUGGAUCACAAACACGGUAGCGUCCAAAUCAAUGGGUCUGGGAAAGAUCAAAGCCUCUGUUCCACGUUGAUGAGCUUCAUUUGCGAAUUGGUUGAGAGCUCCCCAAGUAUUCAGCAACAAGUCAUCUCUGGUCGUGGAUUCUUGGUGAUCUCGCAUCUGUUGAGCAAAAGUUCCAGAGAUCACCUCACCUUGGAGUUGCUCCAGACCUUUCUCAAACUCACCAAAUACCUCGUCACGUGUCCCUCCAAUAACACCGAUCUAUUGUUGAAACAGCUUUUGGACCAUUGUCUCUUUAACCCGGCACUCUGGAUCCACACUCCGGCCAACGUUCAAACCAAGUUGUAUUCCUAUUUGGCCACGGAUUUCCUCAGUGAUACCCAAAUCUACUCGAACGUUCGGCGAGUCUCGACGGUUCUUCAAACCAUGCACACGCUCAAGUAUUACUAUUGGAUCAUCAACCCUCACGAACUGAGUGGGAUCAAUCCCAAAGGAACAGAUGGCCCUCGGCCUUCUCGAGAAGAGAUCAAGUCCAUCCGAUCGUACAUGCUCCUAUUCGUGAAGCAACUGAUCAUGAUCGGGAACGGGGUCAAAGACGAUGAGCUCCAGUCCAUUUUGAACUACGUGACCACGGUGAACGAGGAUGACAACCUCCAUGACAUCCUGCAAAUGCUCAUGUCUCUGAUGUGUGACCAUCCCGCCACUCUCGUUCCGGCCUUCGACACCAAAGGCGGUGUCAAGGCCGUUUUCAAGAUGUUGGGCUCCAAGUCCCAGACCAUCCGGCUGCAAGCAUUGAAAUUGUUAGGAUUCUUUCUCUCCAGAUCCACGCACAAGCGAAAAUACGACGUGAUGAACCCGAACAAUUUGUACACAUUGCUGGUGGAAAAACUGCUUCAGCGUGAGGAGACCCUCACUGUGGCCACGUACAAUGUGUUGUACGAAAUCUUAACUGAGAACGUGGGACAAAACCUGAUUUAUGAGAAGCAUCCUGAACCAGAACCGCAUUUCCGUUUGGAGAACCCAAUGGUCUUGAAAGUGGUAGCGUCUCUUAUUCGUCAAUCGAAACCGAAUCAGAAACUGGAGGAGGUCAAGAAGCUGUUCCUCUCAGACAUGACCUUGCUUUGUAACAACAAUCGUGAGAACCGCCGGACCGUUCUCCAAAUGUCCGUAUGGCAAGAAUGGCUCAUUUCUAUGGCUUAUAUUCAUCCCAAGAAUGCCGAAGAGACCAAAAUAUCCGACAUGGUUUUUGCCCUGUUCCGCAUGUUGCUUCAUCACGCCGUGAAAUUCGAAUUCGGUGGUUGGCGUGUUUGGGUGGAUACCUUGGCCAUCGUCCACUCCAAGGUCUCAUUCGAGGAGUUCAAGUUACAAUUCAAUAAUGUGUACGAUAAAUAUGACAAAAGACGAACCGACCAAAUCACCGAUCCGAAGCAGCGAGCUAAGAAACCCGUUUCAACCAUCACAGGGUUGGCUCAAGAUCGAGACGAUGUCGAUGACGAAGAUGUGGAGGAUGAAGAUGAAGAACGGUCCAGAGAGCCCGGGAAUGAAGAAGAGGCCUUUGAGGAACUGUCUCUUGAAGAAGAGGAGGAGGAAGACCCGGCUGCCAAAACUAAAUCCCAUGAAGAAGUGGAUGCUUUUCCAACUCGAAAGAGAUAUCUAGGUCCACAUCCGGGUAAAGUCUCAGAAGAAGCCAGUGGUACGCAGGAUCCAGAUGGGCCUGCUUCAAACAAAGCCAAAGAUCUUAAGAAGCCACCGCCCACAUUCAGUCCUGGUCCAUCCCGACCUCCUUUCCGAAUCCCAGAAUUCCGUUGGUCCUACAUUCAUCAAAGACUGCUCUCAGAUGUGUUGUUCUCGUUGGAAACGGAUAUCCAAGUCUGGCGAUCCCAUUCCACCAAAUCUGUGAUUGAUUUCGUGAACAGUGCCGAGAACGGUAUCUUUGUGGUGAACACGGUUCAUCUCAUUUCGCAAUUGGCCGACAACCUCAUCAUUGCUUGUGGAGGCUUGUUGCCUUUGUUGGCUUCAGCUACGUCUCCAAAUAAUGAGUUGGACGUGCUGGAACCUACUCAAGGCAUGCCAAUAGAAGUGGCGAUAACGUUUUUACAAAGAUUGGUCAUGAUGGCUGAUGUGCUAAUAUUUGCCUCCUCAUUGAAUUUUGCCGACCUCGAGGCCGAAAAGAACAUGUCCUCGGGUGGAAUUCUCCGUCAGUGUCUGCGUCUCGUUUGUACUUGCGCCGUCCGGAAUUGCCUUGAGUGCAAGGAAAAGGCUUCAGGCGGCGGAGGAGGUGGAGGUCGAGUCAUUGUCCCCACGCCACUGGGAUUGACCAAUGAAGGUGCCAAUCAGCCUCCGGCCGCGGGUAAACCGGGUCAACCGGCGAGGCAAUUCAACAAAGAGGCCUUAAGCAAGGUUGCACUGGACAGUCUGAAAGUUCAGGCGAGUGGAGUGAAGGAUUUGGAGAAACUUCUUCAAGAUAUGGAUGUCAAUCGACUUAGGGCAGUGAUCUACCGCGAUGUGGAGGAGACUAAACAGGCUCAGUUCCUGUCCUUGGCCGUAGUCUACUUCAUCUCCGUGUUGAUGGUAUCCAAAUAUCGUGACAUCUUAGAGCCUCCAAUUCCAGGCGGAAGCAACAAUGGCAGCACCCACUCUCGGACCCAAUCCGGCCCUCGUGGGAAAUGUCCCCCACGGCCUCAGCCUUUCCAUGGGUCCGACUGCUCGUGCUAUCACCAAAAUAACGGCGCAGACUCGUUGAGUCCGCCUUCGCCGGUUUCCAAUCUAGACGAUUACUAUGUUUGCGAAUGCUCUUCCUGUCGGAAUUUGGGCAAUUCCGUGGACAUUUGUUGCCAAUGCUGUGCCUGCUCAGAGGGACAUCCAUUGAAGAGUCCCAACAAUUUCGGCACUCCGGGUCGAUAUCAGGUCCGAUCCGUGGCUUUGACCGGCGAGAGUGAUGACACGUUGGAGGUGUGUCUCAACGAGGACUAUGACGAGGAUGAUCUGGCUUUGGCUCACUCAGUGGCUGAAGGUACGGGCACGUGUGCGGAUUGUCGGAGCUCGACUUCGCCUCCGGAGCGAGGACCCGCCUUCACUGGCUGGUCUGGACAGCCACGCCCCCUGAACUCGAUACGGAGCGCCAUCCAGACUCGACACUUCCAUCCCAAGAUGGGCAAUAACGGGGGGGUACAUCACCACCAUCAUUCUCACACCGUUGACACGGUCACUUCAAUGAAUAGGGGGAAAGGCUGUGAUAAACCCAACUUUGUGGACGAACGACGGAUGUCCCAUGAAAGCUCCAAAAUCCUCAAAGAUGAUGAAUCAAGCAUGAUGGAGGAAGUGACGGAGAGUGAGCUGCAGAUGGUUUCCUCCUCUACUACUAAUUCAGCGAGUGGACCCAAUGAAAAGGCCGCCACCACCAGUCCAGGUCAAGCCUCAAGUGUGAGUUCGAACUCGAGUGCGGAUGUCACGGACGGUGGGCGGCACUCCAAACGAUCGUCGAGUUACUCCUCUCCCACCUCCAACAACAAGGACAAGAAAGAGUUCAAUGGAACCUCGGCUGCGGAAGACGCUCUCCAGACGUUCCAAGAGGUCCGAUUGGAGGCUGCUUCGGAGCCUUCGGGCAGUGAGCCAACCAAUGCGGAACGAGGAGAGCGAAUGAACGAAGAGAUAUCGGUUCUUUCGCCCAUGCCUCGCAAUUUGAAUAUCGCCCCUACUCAUGAGAGCGAUAGCGAGGCCAACAAGAACCGCCCAGACGACCUAAACAUCAAGCCGUUUGCUCCGAGCAAACCUUUGCCCGUUCCGACUCCAUCCAGAGAGGCCACUCUCACCCAAAAAUUAGAGCAAGCUCUAGGCUCGGUUUGUCCAUUGUUGCGAGAGAUCAUGGUCGAUUUUGCGCCAUUUCUCUCCAAAACCUUGGUGGGUUCCCAUGGACAGGAUCUCCUAAUGGAAGGCAAGGCCAUCAUGACUUUCAAGAACUCCUCGUCCGUGGUAGAGCUCGUGAUGUUGUUAUGCUCUCAAGAAUGGCAAAAUUCGCUGCAAAAACACGCCGGACUGGCCUUCAUUGAAUUGAUCAACGAGGGUCGUUUGUUGUCCCACGCCAUGAAGGAUCACAUUGUACGUGUGGCCAAUGAGGCCGAUUUCAUACUAAACCGCAUGCGGGCGGAUGAUGUACUCAAGCAUGCGGAUUUCGAGUCCGCUUGUGGGAACACCUUGUCUGAUCGCACGGAGGAGGAGAAAAUGUGCGACCAUUUAAUCACAGCUGCUCGUCGACGAGAUGGCGUCUUGGCUGGACGAUUGGUAGACAAAGUGGUGGAUGUCUUAAGUACCCGACAUGGAGCUUGGUCCAAAAGGGAAGAUGGGCCUCGAGACUUCUGGAAGCUAGAUGUCUGGGAAGACGAUGCUCGACGACGACGAAGAUUGAUACGAAAUCCAUUGGGUUCUACCCACCCUGAGGCCACCUUGAAGGCUGCGAUAGAGCAUGGAGCAGCCGAGGAUGCGAUUGAGGCCGCCCAAGCUGAAUUUCACGCCCACCUAGCCGCAGCGCGAUCGCAAAAUAAUCAACAAUCCAAUAAUCACGACCUAGUGGAAGACUCCGAGCUCGUUGGAGAGGACCGAGAACUGGAUAGUGACUCCCAAGGGCCCAUCAAUAUCAGCACUCCAGCCAUUCUCGUGUCGCCGGGGAUCUCGUUGUGGGGAACCAUCUCGAUUACGUCCUCGGAGGUCUAUUUCGAGGUUGACGAGGACCACGAUGAGUUCAAGAAAAUUGACUCGCAGGUGUUGCAAUAUUCUGACCAUCUUCAUGGAAAAUGGUACUUCUCCGAGAUCCGGGCAAUCUUCUCCCGUCGAUACUUGCUUCAGAAUACAGCAAUUGAGAUCUUUCUCGCCUCGCGAACUUCAAUCAUGUUCGCAUUCCAAGAUCAAGCCACGGUGAAAAAGGUCGUCAAGGUCCUACCCCGAGUUGGAGUGGGGAUCAAGUACGGAAUCCCUCAGAAUCGUCGUGCCAGUCUCAUGUCGGCCCGGCAACUUUUCCAAGCCUCGAACAUGACCCAAAAAUGGCAACGUCGCGAGAUUUCCAACUUCGAGUACCUCAUGUUCCUGAACACGAUUGCGGGUCGGACCUACAACGACUUGAACCAAUAUCCAAUCUUUCCUUGGGUGUUGACCAACUACGAAGAUACGGAGAUUGACCUCAGCUCGCCCAACAACUAUCGAGACCUGAGUAAACCUGUGGGAGCCUUGAACCAAUCCCGGCGAGAGUACUUUGAAGAGCGUUACAACACAUGGGACAAUGACCAAAUCCCCCCGUUCCAUUACGGGACGCAUUUUUCCACCUCAGCCUUCGUCCUCAACUACCUCUUGAGAUUGGAGCCUUUCACCACGAUGGUGCUGGCCUUGCAAAAUGGAAAAUUCGACUACCCCAAUCGUUUGUUCUCCUCGGUGAAACGAGCUUGGGAUAAUUGCCAACGGGACACUUCCGAUGUCAAAGAAUUGAUUCCGGAGUUCUUCUGCUUGCCCGAAAUGUUCGUCAAUAUGAACGGCUACAAAUUGGGACGGCUAGAGGAGGGAGAAGGCGUGGACGAUGUGGAGUUGCCUCCUUGGGCAGCCACACCCCAUGAAUUCGUGAGGAUCAACCGACAAGCCUUGGAAUCUGAGUUUGUGUCCUGCCAAAUUCAUCAGUGGAUAGACUUGAUCUUUGGGUACAAACAACGAGGUCCGGAGGCGAUCCGAGCGACCAAUGUUUUCUACUAUCUCACCUACGAGGGUAGUGUGGAUUUGAAGGCCAUGGCCGAUCCCGUUAUGCGUGAAGCUGUGGAGAAUCAAAUCAAACAUUUCGGUCAGACACCCUCCCAACUCCUCAUGGAACCCCAUCCACCGAGAAGUUCGGCCAUGCACCUGUCGCCCAUGAUGUUCACCCCAUUGCCGGAUGACGUUUGCAUGAUCAUGAAGUUCCUGUCGAACUCACCCAUCUGUCACAUCACGGCCAAUACAUUCCCGCAGCUUCCCCUGCCCUCGGUGGUGACCUUGACGGCGAACCAUCACUUCGCCAUCAACCGUUGGAACUCCUCGUAUGCAGGUAUUGAAGGACAACUUCGUUCUAAGAAGCUUGCCUCGUCCUCCGCCUCCUCGGCCACAUCCUCCCAGUCACAGCAGGGUGGGCCAGGGGGUGGAGGCUCCCAUAGCCAGCUCCAAAGUGGUGCCUCAACAGCUCCCAUGAAACCCCCAUCGACCCAGCAACAUCAUCCAACCAGUACGAGUUCGACCUCCCAAGCUCCGUCCCAAGCUCCCAGCUAUGCAGAGUCUCAGAGCCCUUCGCCGGGAGCUGCGUCGCUGCCCUUGGCCAUGGAUCCUAUUUUGGCCGUGGUGACGAAUGCCACGGGCCAUCAAGUCCGCAGGCAUUUGGGCGACAAUUUCAGUCAGCGUGUUGUGAUGAGGCAUAGUUGCUUUGUGGUCACCGUGGAUAGCCGCUUCAUUCUAGCUUGUGGCUUCUGGGAUAACUCCUUCAGGGUGUUUUCUGCGGAAUCGGCCAAGAUUGUCCAAAUUGUGUUUGGCCAUUAUGGCGUGGUCACGUGUUUAGCUCGGUCCGAGUGCAACAUCACCUCGGAUUGCUACAUCGCCUCGGGGUCCCAAGAUUGCACCGUCCUGUUGUGGCAUUGGAACGCCCGUUCACAAAGCAUCGUGGGAGAAGGCGACCAUCCCACGCCCAGAGCCGUCCUCACUGGCCAUGACCAAGCUGUGAGCUCCGUUGUGAUAAGUGCUGAAUUGGGUUUGGUCAUCAGCGGAUCCACGGAUGGUCCAAUUUUGGUGCACACCACGUUCGGGGAUCUCCUCAGGUCACUUGAUUCUCCCGAAGGGCUAACGGCGCCCCUCAACAUCGCUUUGUCCCGAGAAGGCUUCGUGGCAGCUCACUUUCCCGGAGGCCACGUGGUCUCCUAUACGGCCAAUGGCUACAGACUCAGACAUGAGGUGCACAACGAUAAGAUUCAGUGCAUCCUCCUGUCGAGGGAUGGCGAAUACCUGAUCACCGGGGGUGAUCGCGGCAUUGUCGAAGUUUGGAGGACCUUCAAUCUGGCCCUUUUGUAUGCCUACCCGGCUUGUGAUAGUAGCGUCCGAUCCUUGGCUUUGACCCAUGACCAAAAGUUUUUGUUGGGUGGUUUGUCCAAUGGAGCCGUGGUUGUGUUCCAUAUUGACUUCAAUCGAUGGCAUCACGAGUUCCAGCAACGAUACUGAGACGUACUUUGGCGAAUAACGUGCCAGAGGAAAACAUCAUCAGUCUGCUUUUGUCCCUCACCUAGGCUAUCGUUGAUUCAUUUUGUAAAAAAGCAGUGUUCCUCUUGCACACCCACUGAGAAGCUCUUCUUUCUCUCAAAUUCUUUCUCUUGUUCUCUCUAUAGACUUUCUCCCACACACAAACAAGACAACACAUUCCAAUAAUUGUAAACGUGCUUGAAAAGAAUAGCAAGUCAAAAGUGCAAUUUCCUUGGUUAUUAGUGAGAUAUGUGAUAAUAAUGACACUCCUGGCAAGAAUGGCAAUGAAAAUGAUCGUGAACAUUUGCAUUCCGUUCCAUGAUGAAAUUUUAUGUUGAUUUGAUACUUUGUUUAUAGUUUCUUAGUGAUUCUAUUGCGUGAUUAUGCCCACCUUUGUUCUUUUCUAGCGUGAUUUUCACCACAAAAAAAUAAAUGACAUUUAAUCUUGAA